GGGAGGGAGGUCGAGCGAGGCGGCCGGGGCUCAUGUGCGGCGCGGGCGGCCGCGCUCCGUCGCCACCCGCAGACGCGCUGACAGGAGGCAGCUUCCGCUGAGCCGGCCCGGGGCAGCCGCGGGGGCUCCUCGGUCGCCCGGGCAGGGCUGACGGGCCAGCGACGGCCGCAGGAUGAAGUUCGCCGAGCACCUUUCCGCGCAUAUCACGCCGGAGUGGCGGAAGCAGUACAUCCAGUAUGAGGCUUUCAAAGAGAUGCUGUAUGCAGCUCAGGACCAGGCCCCUUCAAUAGAAGUCACAGAUGAAGACACAGUGAAGAGGUAUUUUGCCAAGUUUGAAGAGAAAUUUUUCCAAACCUGUGAAAAGGAACUUGCCAAAAUCAACACAUUUUAUUCUGAGAAGCUCGCAGAAGCACAGCGCAGGUUUGCUACACUACAGAAUGAAUUGCAGUCAACUUUGGAUGCACAGAAAGAAACCAGUGGUCUUACUACGCUGCGGCAGCGUAAAAAGCCUGUCUUCCAUCUCUCACAUGAGGAGCGUGUUCAGCAUAGGAACAUCAAAGACCUAAAACUGGCCUUCAGUGAGUUCUACCUCAGCCUCAUCCUACUGCAGAACUAUCAGAAUCUAAACUUCACAGGAUUCCGUAAGAUCCUGAAGAAACAUGACAAGAUCCUGGAGACGCCCCGAGGUGCAGAUUGGAGAGUGGCGCAUGUGGAAGUGGCGCCAUUCUAUACGUGCAAGAAGAUCAACCAGCUCAUCUCUGAAACAGAGACAGUGGUGACUAACGAAUUGGAAGAUGGAGACCGACAGAAAGCCAUGAAGCGAUUACGUGUCCCACCAUUGGGAGCAGCACAGCCUGCACCAGCAUGGACUACUUUCAGGGUUGGGUUGUUCUGUGGAAUAUUCAUUGUGCUGAAUGUUACCCUCAUACUUUCAGGUGUGUUUAAUAUGCGAGGAUUGAACGUGUGGCCACUCAUCAGGAUCUAUCGUGGUGGCUUUCUCCUGAUAGAAUUCCUCUUUCUCCUUGGCAUUAACACGUACGGCUGGAGGCAAGCUGGAGUGAAUCAUGUCCUCAUCUUUGAACUCAACCCACGCAGUAAUUUGUCCCAUCAGCAUCUCUUUGAGAUUGCUGGAUUCCUUGGGACGCUGUGGUGCCUGAGUCUGCUGGCGUGUAUCUAUGGCCGAAGCACCGGUGUUCCUAUGCAGGCAAACCCACUCAUCCUGUAUGGAUUUAUGUUGCUAUUUCUCAUCAACCCUACAAAAACCUUAUACUACAAAUCUCGUUUUUGGCUGCUCAAACUCUUGUUCCGGGUGUUCACUGCCCCCUUCCAUAAAGUGGGCUUUGCAGAUUUCUGGUUGGCUGACCAGCUUAAUAGCCUGGCUGUGAUACUUAUGGACCUUGAAUACAUGAUUUGCUUCUACAGCUUUGAGCUCCAGUGGUCAAGCAAGGAUGCACUGCUGGGACAGCCAAGCACGCAUAUCUGCGACACCUAUGCCUAUGGCGUGCGAGCAGUUGUUCAGUGCAUUCCUGCUUGGUUGAGAUUUGUCCAGUGCCUGCGCCGAUAUCGUGACACCAAACGGGCCUUUCCCCACCUGGUCAAUGCUGGCAAAUACUCCACUACGUUCUUUAUGGUGACGUUUGCAGCCCUUUACCGCACUCACAAAGCCCAAAAACACAAUGACUACCAAGUGUUCUUCUACCUGUGGAUCGUCUUCUAUUUCAUCAGCUCCUGCUACACCCUUAUCUGGGACUUGAAGAUGGACUGGGGUCUCUUUGACAAGAAUGCCGGCGAAAAUACUUUCCUGCGGGAAGAAAUUGUCUAUCCACAAAAAGCCUAUUACUAUUGUGCCAUUGUAGAAGAUGUGAUUCUGCGAUUUGCAUGGACUAUCCAGAUCUCUCUCACUACCAUGGAAAUUCACCCUUAUGCCGGGGACAUAAUCGCUACCGUGUUUGCCCCACUCGAGGUUUUUCGACGGUUUGUGUGGAAUUUCUUCCGACUGGAGAACGAGCACCUGAACAACUGUGGUGAGUUCCGAGCUGUCCGGGACAUCUCGGUGGCCCCGCUGAAUGCAGACGACCAGACCCUGCUUGAACAGAUGAUGGAUCAGGAGGACGGUGUCCGAAACCGCCAGAAAAACCGGGCCUGGAAACGUAGCCAGAGCGUAUCUUUGCAUAGACCACGUCUCGCUUCACAAUCCAAGUCUCGUGACACCAAGGUGUUAAUAGAAGACACAGACGAUGAAGCAAACACAUGAAACACCCACAGAGCCAUGCUCUGUGCCCCUUGUGAUCUCUUCUUUACUACCUUCCCCACACCCACCCCUAACCAAUCCAACCUCUGGCAUAGUUCCAGCUGAAAACAGGAGAAAAAUCUGAACACACUUUCUGAGCUCUUCCGGACCGGAUCCUAUGGACUCCAACAAGCUCACUGUGUUUUCUCUUUUUUUUCUCUCUCUCUCUCUCUCCUGGUUUUAAUUUGAUUUCUUGUUUUUAAAAUAAAAAAUGUAACUUCAUUUUGCCAAUCAGAAGGACAUUUAAGGAAGGAUCUGUCUUAAAAGAUUGUUUACAAUCUCCAAAAGGACAUAUAAUCUGGAUGAAGAAGCAUCAUCGGGACUCCCUCAUGGGUCUCUACCGAGAACUCACUCAGUCUCUGCUCACUCCAGUUUUGACUGGUUGAAACUGGACCUGCAUUUUUAACUCUGGCUCGCGCUCUGGUUUUUGGUGUUUUCCUUCAUAUCCAGCGCCAAGGCACUGGCUGCACUUGCCGGGAAAGUGCACUUAGAGCAGUACCUUCAUUCACGAAGCUACUUUUUAAUUUGAUGUAACUUUCUUAUAAUUUUUUGGAAAUAUGAUGUAUUUGUUGCACAUAGUUUUCACAUUAUUUAUGAUAGUUAACAACCAUAUGAAAAUGGUUUUGAGUCCUGUGCAAUGGAGGUGGUAACUCUCUAAAAACAAGGCAAACGGUGGGGGAAGGGGGAUGUUGAUCCCGGAUCUCUCUUGCUGCGUGGUUAAGCCCUUCAAAAUACCUCUUUGAUGAGAGAACUUGCACCGGUUUAACCUAGCUUGUUUCUUCUUCUGUUUGAUUUAUUUUAAACCAAAGUUUCUCUAGUGGGUUUUACUUGCUGCUGCUGCUGCUGCUGCUGCUGGUCCCUCAGACACCUGGGCACCUUCCUUAGCCAGAUCAUCUUUGUGUAUUGUAGCUGCGCAGAAAUAGUGCAAACAGUGCGCCUCAGUAUUCCAAUGGAGCGAGGUUCGUUAGAACUAAUCCCGUGAAGUUCUUCAGACACCCAUGCAACCCCCACUUCGUUUGUAGCUUAAGGACAGUUUUCAUUUAAUGAGUUGAGUCUCUAGGACAGCCCCACAGGAGCUCCUGUAUUGUUCCGUUUACUUCAGCUAGAUCAUAGAGAGAAAACGUGAGGAAAUAGCCUGCCGUGCUGGGGAUAAAAGAUGAAGCUUUCAUCAGUCCAUGGGGGGGCGGUCAGGCAGACGCACGAACGCUUGUCAUAGCUGGGAGCUAGUCUCCAGUGCAACUGAGGAAGUUAGUAUUGCAAUAGAAAGGGCUCUUUAUUUUAUUUUUUAAUAAUAAAAAAAACUUUUGCCUUACUUUGGCAAAGACUCGUCUGACAAUCACUGGCCAAGAACAUCCUCAGGUUAGCUUUUGUUUUUAAUUAUUUUUAACCUAUCUACCCCGGAUCCUAAUUUUCCAGCGUAGUGCUAGGCCUGACUUUUACAAGCAUUAUGAAUGGCACUGCUAAUUGGACUUGGUAGAUGGUCACACUGCUUAGCAAUUUCUUUAGAAAAGAUCACCAGCUUGAUUUAAAGGAGAAAAAAAGACAUGUUGGCUCCAGAGCCCGUAGGAUAGAGCAGCAUGAAUGUCUAAGAUGACCAUACCCACCCCUCGUAGUCGCAAGCUUUUGUUGUGUAAGCCAAGCAUUUGUGCUUAAUGUUAGCAAACAAAGUUUUAUUUGUGCUCUGUUACACCGUGUGUGCAUAUGUGAGGUCAACACCGUGUAGUGGGAAAAGCUACUUCAGGUUUCCUUUUCUCUGUCUCUAAUCCAGGGCUUCACAGCAUGGACUGUGAUGUGUCUUUAUUAGGCUUUCUGGUAGAAAUGUCUUAGUUAAUUUCUCCUGUGGAGCCUUCUUGGGUUUGCAGAGCAGAGACACACUUCUAAGCAAAGAGGAUCCCUUUCACCUCUUUCCUUCAUGGUCAUAGUUCAUUAUCAUGUCCCAACUUAGUUCAUAAUCAUGUAUUUCUUUCCCUCAUAUUUUCCAAGCCUUUCACAAGAUUUAUUUUGUAGGGCAACUGUGGCUUUAGUAUGCGUAAUGUGCCUGUAGCCCUGAGGAACUGGAGACCAACAUCUGUUCUUAAAUGUAGCAAAAUAAUUCAGCAGAAAACAUUGAGUGCAAAACCAAUCCUUGGACAGGCAAGAUAGCCAUGGAGUGUGUCUUUGGGCUGCAGCCCCUUGCACUGUCAGGAGACCUGCUGAAGAACAACUACAGGAAAAUUAAAAUGGAAGACCUGGAGAAACUUUUUGGUGGCGGUACAAAACUUGGAGCUGUGCACUAUCAGUGCUUCUGGCCUGCGACAAGAGCCACUUGUCACUAAUAAGAAAGAAUCUGAGCGACAGAAUCUUAAAGCCCAGGUACCGCCAAGUGAGCCAUGCCUUUUUCUCAGACAAGAUAUGAUGUGUCCGCAAUUAAGAAACGAUUAAGAUACUGAAAGAGUUCUUGUUUCGUUCAUUAAUUCCAAGGGCUUUUUGUAUUUUGUUCAUGAAAAUAAUAGAUUUUAUAAGCAGCGUUCUGGUUGGUAACUGCUAAUCACUGGUGAGAUAAUGGCAACUAUUUGUACAUUUCGAUAAGCUGAAUGGAGUGAAUGAAUCAACCUGCCCACCUGAUCCCAGUCUGAACAAAUCAGGUGUCACCUUCCACAUGGUAUGCACUGCUGGAAAUAUUGAUACAGGCUGUAAAGGUGGAAUGUGGCAGAGCAAUUGGACUUAAUGAGGGCUGGGCCGAAGGAGCAGUGGCAAAUCUCAGCAGCCAGUGAACUCGAGGGGGUGAACAGAAAGGCCACCGCUGAAGACAGCUGGUGGAUACGCACAGGGCAGAAAGGGGUGUCGGAGAAGCAUAAUUUGCCUUCGUUUGUAUGCAGAGCUUAGUGUGUUUUGUCGCAGUGUCACCUCUGGUGAAACAGGUUUGUGAGGAAUUAAAAAAUAGGGAAAGAAUGCUUACCAGAGACGAGCGUAGGAUGGCGUGUGUACGCUGCAGGCAACAAUACCUGCUUCGUUCCACCAUUGACACACUGGAAAAGCAGCUGUGGUCUCCAGCUUUGCGACACUUUGCAAGCCGGGAUGCACUGCUGGUUUAGCCCUGAUGUCCGGGGGAGCGCUUCCAAUUCUUGUGGGCCCCACAUUGUUCUUUGAUUCAGAAUUACAGAGGAGCAAUCAUCAUGCUCCAACAUGGAUGCAGUUCUUAACCAAAAAUAAACAAGACUGCUAUCAGAGCUUGACAUGGUGGUUUUACCAUGAAACUCCACGCUCUUUGGAUUGCAACUAUCUCCAGGGAGCUUGGCUAUUCCAUUCUAAUGUGGAUGGUCCAAAGAAUGGAUGUUUUAGUAUUGAAUAACAUGUUUUCCUUAAUGUAACCUGAAGUAGGGACUUACUCUCGCAACAAUACUGAGAGUCAUCUGUUCCAGAGUUAUUCUCAAACCUAUGGGCAAGAUCCUCAGGUUUCUAGAAAUGAGUCACUCCAGUUUCUGAAAAUGCUUUGAAAACAUAAUUCCUAUAUUUUUAGUGUGGAUGGUCAAUGCAGAUUUGGAAUCCAUCCUAUAAUGAUCUCUCUUACGACUAGAAAAACAGUAUUCCUUGAAUCCCUUGAAAGGCUUCAAACAGGAAGGUGGAAUAUUGGGCCAGCCCCAAGACAGUUUUCUGGCGUGAAAGCGAGGAAGAAGGCCAUUGCCAUAGCUGGUGGUUCGAAAGAGGGUUUUUGCUUUGGGUAUGUACCCUCAUUCUACUUCUGGUAUGCAACUUUUACAAGUUUUUAUGGUCAUUUUCUCUAAAACCUGUUAGAUCUGAGUUAACAGUGGGACAAAAGAAAAGAAUGAGAACUGCAUGGAAAGCAACACCUCUCUGAAAGCCCUUCCAACUAUCUUAGAGGAAAGCAGGAUGGCAGCUUUUGCCCUCUGCCAAGAAGGUUGCAGACCCCUCUUCUGUGAGGAUGCACAGAAAUGCCCUGCUACUUUUGUUUUCCUUUUUGAAAGACGUUGCCUCCUAUCUUAGGUUUGAACACACUCUGGAGGAAAGUGUGUUUUGUCUCCAGCAAAAGGAAUGCUACUGCUUUCUGUCCUCUAUGAUAGUUGCCAGGUUUCAGAAAGCACUAAGAAUUGAAGAAAUAUUUGGAUAAUCCUUUCAUACCUUGCUUACUAUGUUUAAUGUUUGUGACUGGCACAAGCAAGUGGGUACCUCAGGAAGAUAGUCAGCUUUUAGAAUGAUGCUGGAAGUUCAAUCCUAUAUUCAGAUGCUGUUCUGUGCUUCUCUAGGUGCAGGAAUGACUCACUAGCGUGAGUUAGGCUGAACUUCCCUUUGACACUGAGGACAAUCCCAACCUGAAGGAAGGUGCAGUGGGGGGAGGGUUCUUUAUCCAGAUCAGUUCCUUUCAGACUGUUCUUAGGAACCCUGGCUCUCCUGGAGACCAGAGGUCCUCUCUGCAAUCAAUAACAGCAGGCACACUUCCAUGAAGAACAUGUCUCCAUAAUUAUUCGUGUCAUGUACUGCUGCUGAGCAGUGUUAUAUGUUAGAGUGAGGCCAAGGGCUGGGCCAGCACCGUAUGUAAACCGUAAUCCUAAGAAUGUGGUGUGCAGGAGCCCCUUAGCUGUGAGGUUCCCUGGGAAGUAAGACGACUGAAAGCCACUGAUCCAGACGCACCUCUCUAAAAGGUGCAGCGGAUCCACUCGUGAUCCAGGUUUGCUUCAUGGUGCCAUUCCCGCACGCCGUUCCCCUCGCAUGGAAACCUGGCCAGUGAGGACCACGGUUUUUCACUGCAGCUAGUCUUCUAGAGGCGAGAUAAUUCAGCUGGGGCAGGUAGAUUUGUGCCCAACAUAAAUUUCGCAUGACAAUCCCAUGAAAGUAAUGAAGAAAGCCAAAGCUGCUAAGGUAUGAAUUGAGAUGCCUGGAUGUUAGGCCCUACUAAAACUGAGGGUCACGCCUCUGGUGUUCGCCAACAGUGGGGCAGAAGGCAGGCUGUGAACGCACUACGCCACUGUCCUGUUGUGUGGCUUGCCCAGGUAAGGCAGCCCUUACCUCUUCUAAGCGGCCAAAGUACAACAGCUGAGCUGGAUCAGGCCACCACAUCUGGAACCCUUCCUUUUUUUUCAUCUUCCGCAAACAGUUGCUUGACUAUGCUACAGAAGGAAUCAUUUUGCCUUAAACAAGCAUUGGAGUUCUUGGCUCUUCCAGUUCCUGAAACAGGAGGAAGUUCUCUUUGGGUCAGGAAAGGAAGGAUUAUCUCUGUGCCGCUAAUACCGUAUCAAAUUCUGACAUUUCCUGAGUGGAGGGUGCAUCCUUCGGUAAAUUCUGCUCUUAGUCUCAUACGUUCUUGAUGCUGGGAAUCCACUCCUUCCUUUCCUUUGCUCGCACUGCCAGAGCAGACGGGGGCAAGGGGAACUGCCGGGUUGAGAACGAGGCCAGGAGAAGCGAUCCCUCUUGUGUCUGCGCAGGCCACACGGUGGGCCUUUUUGCAUUCUGAACCAUAGAUCCCCUCCGCCCUGUUUCGCCUUCCACUUCAUUCCGCGUGGUUUCCUCUGGUGGUGGCGGUGGCAGCGCUGGACUUGCCUCUCCACGCUCGCCUUCGCCCUGCCGCUGUCUUGGACCUCGUCCUCUUUCCCAUUCCUUUCCAGUGUGUUGGUCUCAGUAAUGAUUAUAUACUAUGGAGCCCCGAGCUGUAGGUGUCAAAAGUAACUAUGCGAUGUGAUUUAGUCCUCUUGUGGUGCUUCUCUCUUUACUUUCUUCCUUUCUCUAUCCCCUUCUCCACUCUUCUUUGGGCUCAGUGGAAAAGGUGAGGACAAAGACUUGCUGCUUGCUUGGACUUAACGAUGGUGUUUCCGUGAUUGCGCUACUCGCUGUCUCCUCCUCCCUUCCCCCCCCCCCCCCCCCCCCCCCCCCCCCCAUGGAUAUAAGACUUUUCUGAAGUGUGGAAUUAACUUUCUUGAUAAGUAGGUUUAAAAUGCACAAUGUGGUACUGUUUCAUAGUUCCUAGAUGGUUGUAUAAAAAAGUUAAUGUGGUUUGUGUUUUUAAAAGGGCAACAAGUGAUUGGUUUAUUAAUCUGUCUUUUUCAUUAUUACAAGCAUUGUUUUCCAAUGA